ACGUACGUAAACAAAAUUUUAUUGAAUGAUAAAAUAAAUUUCGUGAUAGUAAAGGGCAAAGGUCAGAAGUUAUAAUUAUAUUAAAUUAAAUUAAAGUCUUCAGGGUAGUUGUGAGGAAAACGAUUGAAGGAAGAGAUCAAAUUCGAUAAUUACUCGGAAAAUGGGAAAUUCCCUCAUUUUUUUUAUGAUAGACGAGUAAUUAGAAUGAGACGAGUAAAUAAUUCGUUGGAACGGUUAAAUGAUAAUGAGGGAAUAAAGAGGGGGAGAGUAUGGACUGAUCGAGACUGCCACGACUAGUACCCAUUGAGAUCUUCAGUUGGGAUGUGCUCUCAGGGUUUAUGUUUGAGAGAUAAAAUAAAUAAAUCAGUGUGUUGCUUUAAUGAGUGAUUCAAGGUGUUGAAUGGCGAGUUGAACUUGUGAUUGGGCAUUUUUAUAUUCAUAAUGAUGCCUAGGAGCUUCAUGCAGUGUCUUCACCUCUUGGUGACGAUUUUUAUCAUCAAUGAAAGUGUUCAAGCUGUUGACAGGGGAUACAUCUUCACCGCGCCGAAGAAAUUUCUCGCUGGUGAAACUGAAAGCGGUUGUUUAUCACUUCACAAUUUGGAACCACCGGCUCACGUGUUGCUGGAGCUAUUGUCACCGGCAUCAGCGAGUGAUGAAGAAGUUUUGGCUUCCACAGGGACUCUUCUCGAUUCAGGUGUCGAGACUUGUUUAGAAUUGGCUGUACCAGAUCGUGCGCAAAUGACGUACACGAUGGCGAGAUUGAGACUGAAGAUCAGAUUCGAUAAGUACCCGGAGUAUCACAUCAAUACCGAAAAGGAAGUGUACAUCGAGUAUGAUUCGGUUAUAAUGUUCGCUGAAACUGACAAGCCGGUGUACAAACCUGGACAGGACGUUAAUAUUCGUCUUCUAGCGCUGACGCACGAUUUAAAACCGUGGAAACGACAAGUCCCCAAAGUUUGGAUCGAGAAUCCCUCAGAAGUUCGAGUAGCGCAGUGGACAAAUCUCAGUACAGAUCGAGGAAUAGUUCAACUACUAUUUCCCUUGUCUCCCGAGCCGAGUCCAGGUAUCUGGCGGAUUAAAGUAGAAAAGAAGAAAUCCCAUCCCCAAUUAAUUCACACGUCAACCUUCGAAGUGCGAAAGUACGUGCUCCCACGUUUUCAAGUGACCAUAAAAGGCCCGAGUUACAUCCUAGCUGAUGCUGACAAUGCAACCUGGAGUAUCUGCGCAAGAUACAGUUACGGUGAACCAGUUCGUGGUACUUUGAGACUAAAAUCUACCCCUCAAACUCCCAGUUGGCGACGAAAGCACAAUUUUCCAGCGAUCAAUUACGAGACACGGAUUGAAUCACCAGAUGGUUGCGCCGAGCCCUUCACAAUCACAUCAUCAGGAAUGGGUCUUCCUCACUGGGAAGUCGCACCAAAUAGUAUCGUCUUAACAGCAAAUCUAACAGAGGAUGGUACAGAAGUAGUUGAAACAGCGACUAGUCGUACAGUUGUUGUCCAUCAAGCACUAAAACUCGAAUUCCUACCCCAUACACCGAAGUACUUUAAACUGGGACUACCCUACCACGGUAAAUUGAGAGUUCUGAAGCAAGAUGAGACUCCAGCUGCUGACGAAAAAAUUCAACUUUGUCUGAGAGUUCGAGGUAAAGACGAAUGGGUGAGAGUUGUCGUUGAGUGUCGAAAUUUUACGUCAUCACCACUCGGUUUUGUCAAUUUUAUCGUACCCCCUCAGCACAAAAAUAUCGUACUCCUGAGUUUUGUGGCAACUGGAAUCGAGUACUCGACGAAAUAUUACUCUCCUGAUAAACGCUGGAGAGUUUUUAUGGAUCAACCAUCAGCUUAUAUUGACGUUGGCGCCUGGUAUUCACCAUCAGACAGUUAUCUAGCGGUUGCACGUGGAGAUCAGCCAAUAGUUUGUGGUGAAAAAUAUCCCUUCAAUGUCAUGUACACGAUGCCAAAUGAGAUGAACACAUCCAGAAAUGAUUCCGUGGCUUUUCAUUACUCCAUCAACUCCAAGGGAGAUUUACUGAUAUUCGGGCAUGUGAGGCACAAGCCACAUCGAGACUCUGUCUUAAAUUAUUCAGACUUUAAAAAUGUUCUUGGUGCUGUUGAGACUACUACAACACCUUCACCAGCUUCCAGUAAUCAUCAUCAAUCACAUCAUCAAUCCAACAUCACCAGGAAUGAGCCCACGACAUAUACUGUCCACCGAUUUCCUCUCAGUGUAAAAGUAACUCCCAGUAUGGCCCCAAUUUCGGAAUUACUUCUGUAUUACGUGAGACCCGACGGAGAAACUGUCGCCACAACUUACACCAUUGAAGUUGGUCACUGCUUUGAGAAUCGAGUUAAAACCCACUGGCAAGAGGACACUAAAUCCCCUGGGGAAUUGGCGAGAUAUCACGUGGAAGCUGCUCCAUGGUCUCUCUGUGGAAUUUCCGUUGUCGAUCAAUCAACGAGUUAUCUCUCGGAUAUAAAAAAAAGUCUUGUCGACGCUGAUGCUGCGUUCGAGCAGGCCAAGAGGUUUCACUUGAAUCGUGACACUCCAAUUCUCUAUCAAAGUGUUUGGAGUCACUGCAAAAAGACUAAUCAACCUGAAACGAGCAUCGAGGAGAUCGAUCCCCUUCCUUCACCAGCUGUGGAGGUACCUCCAGUUUGGGACUUGCGAGGUGCUCUUAAACAGCCCUGGAAUCCUCAACUCCACAGAAAUACUCGCCAAAAACGAAACGUUAUUCACAUCGGUGGAGUGAAUUAUGUCGAUGCAAUGCAGGCGUUCGAUGAUUUCGGAGUUAUCGUCAUGAGUGAUUUAAUCCUGGAGUCGCGUCCUUGUCCUCAGAAUCAGUGGAUCAGAUCCAGGGAGAAUAUCGACUUCGAGAUGAUGCGAACGAGAAUGGACGAGCCAGACAGAAUGUGGGGUGUGCGAAUGAUGCCUCAAGCCUUUCCCCUUCAAAAUUUUGCUGUUGUGGAUUCAUCAGCACCAGGUCCAGACCUCGGUUACGCUGAUCAGCUUCCUGAUCACAUUCUAAAAGCACCGCGGUCAUAUUUCCCUGAAACCUGGCUGUGGGAUCUCGUUGCAACGGGUAAAGAAGGUCGAGCUGUAAUAAAACGUAAUCUUCCACACACUAUUACCAAUUGGAUAGGUCACACCAUCUGCAUUUCUUCGAAUUAUGGCCUGGGAAUUGCCCAGCCAGUUCAAAUAAACGCCAUUCAGCCAUUCUUCCUGGAUUACAGCCUUCCUUACAGCGUUAAACGUGGUGAACUCCUUCGGAUGAAGGUUUCUCUCUUCAAUUACAUGCAGCACAAUUUACCAGUCAAGAUUCAGUUGGUUAAUGCUUCAGGCUUUGAUCUCCAGAUCUCAAACUCCACUGGGAAUUAUUGCGUACCAGCUAGACAAAGUGUAGUCCACGAAUACGUCCUGAUGCCUCGAAUUAUCGGUGAGAUUAAUGUCACUGUAUCAGCAUCAGUUGAUCCAGACUACGAGAAACCCUGCGGUCCCAAUACAGUUGUCUUCACUCAAGAUGCAAUUGUCAAACCUAUUCUAGUUCUUCCAGAAGGCUUUCCCAUUGAAACAACAAAAUCAGCAUUCGUCUGUCCCAAAGACUUCAGCGAUGACUCGAGUAUCUCCUGGAAUCUUGAUUUACCAGAUAAUUACGUACCAGACAGUGUGAGGGCAUAUGUCUCCCUCGUUGGAGAUCUUCUGGGUCCCGCUCUAGAAAAUCUUGAUAACCUGGUGAGACUGCCCUUUGGCUGCGGCGAGCAGAAUCUCAUUCUCUUCGUACCAAAUAUUCAAGCAAUCGCUUAUCUGGAUGCAACACGGAGAAGCUCGACAAGUCCAGAAUUGAGGAGAAGAGCUAUCAGAAAUAUGGAGAAGGGAUACCAGAGGGAGUUGAACUAUCGACAUCCUGAUGGUUCUUAUUCUGCAUUCGGACCUCACAGCUCUGAGAGCGGUGGAUCAAUGUGGCUGACAGCAUUCGUUGUCAAAUCAUUUGCCCAGGCACGUAAUUACAUUCACAUUGACGAGAGAGAUUUGAAGUUAUCAGUUAAAUGGAUUGUGAAGAAGCAGCUGGAGAACGGUUGCUUUCCUCUGAUCGGUCGUGUCUUCCACAAGGACAUGAAGGGAGGUCUUCAGGAUGAGAACCAGUCGUUCCCAGCUGCACUGACGGCUUACGUUUUAGUCUCAUUACUCGAGAGUGGAAAGAGUCUUCCACCCUCGAUCAUCAGCAAUGCGUUGUUCUGCUUGGAGAAGGGAAUGCCUGAUGAAGCUGAUGGCAAUCCCUACACCGCAGCACUAGCUACUUAUGCUCUUACACUGCUGGAGCAUCCGAAUGCCAAUGCCAGUAUGAAAUCACUCCUGUCAAGAUCCACUCGUCUUCACGAUCUCAUGUGGUGGGAGGACAAGGGCAAACCCUCGAUGGGCCUCAGCAUCGAGAUGACGGCUUAUGCUGUUUUGUCGUUGAUUAAACUCGGUGGUGAUGCCAAUAUGGCACUGGCACUCAAAGCUGUCAGGUGGAUGUCCAAGCAAAGAAAUGCAGAGGGCGGAUUCACCUCCACUCAGGACACAGUUCUUGGUCUCGAGGCACUUGCUAAAUACGCAGCAGCAAUGUCCACUAAUUACACGGAUUUAUCUGUACUUGUCACUGCUGGUGAUGUUGCUAAAGUCGUCAGGGUGCAUGAGGAUAAUCGUAUGGUACUUGUUCAGGUGCGUUUACCUGUUCUUCCUACGUUGGUGGAGAUAUUUGCUGAGGGUGAAGGAUGUGUUCUUGUUCAAACGAAUUUGAAGUACAAUGUGGCAAGAGCCACUGGAUCACAGGCUUUUGAUCUCGUCGUCAAUACAGAACCUGUCGCCUCUGGGGAUGAGUGCUCUAUGCAAAAAAUAAGUGUCUGUGUUAGAUACAAAAUGGCAGAUGAAGAGAGCAAUAUGGCACUGUUGGAGAUCGGAAUGAUCAGUGGAUUUAUUCCAGAUAAAGGAUCACUUCAUGCACUUCUUGAGGAACCGGUGACGGGAGUUAAACGGUUUGAAGAGGCUAGGGAUUCUGUUACUAUUUAUUUCGAUAAAUUGACGAGCGAAAGAACUUGUAUUGCUUUUUUAGUUACUCGAGAGAAUCUCGUGGAAAAGGCAGAGCCGGCGAUUAUCAAAUUGUAUGAUUACUAUCGGCAGGAGUUGACGUUUGUUAAGAGUUAUACUUUUGCUAAAACCUGUGGUAUUCGUGAUGUGGAUAUUGAGGGUUUGGAUUCACUUCCCAAUGAACCGGAGCCAACACCGCUCUUCAAUUUCGAUGAUCCCAUCGACAAGGAAAUGUCUGUUCAACGAUCGGCGAAGAAUCUUCCCCAGGACGCAACCCUAGUGCAAACAGGAGAUGAAGCGAGACAAGUCUCUAAUGAAACCGUUUAUCCAUCUCCUCUUUCUCCUCCAGGUGUAAAAAAAUUGAUGACAAUGUUGCAUGAGGUUUUGCAGAAGAAUAUCACACAAUCUCUGAAGUCCUCGACGAUCCAGAGAAUUCCCAUGACUUUUCCAACUGCAACGACAAAAAAAUCGAUAGAAUCAGUCGAUGAAGUGGAUUUAGUGAGACCUGUUGAUGCUGGAAGUGGUGUAGAACCUGAUGAAUCCACUGGGCCCUUCUUCUUUGAUAAUCCAUCAUUCGUUGUGAUUGAUCAUGAAUUAAAUACACCGGAUGGUAUUGAGGGACCACCACCUGUCUACGUAAAACCCCCAUUCAACUUCCAGUCGUAUCAGGAAGAGAGGGAGCCCCAGGAGUUUCUCACCCCUCAAAACGAAACCGAGGACAAUCGAUCCGGCAAUCUCAAUGAGGAUUUCAAUUUACUUCCCAAUCAAUCGAUAAUCAGCAGCAGCUGCGCCCAUUGUGGCGACAAACCGCCAUCAGACAUCAAAGACAUCUACUGCAGAUCAUCAGCUGUUGUCAAAGUAGCUAUCAGAAGACUCAGAAAGGCAAGACUGCUGUUGGAUUUGCGCUCUGAGCCUCAUCCCAAGCGUCUCAGAUUCACCAUUGAACUGAGGAUGAAUGAAAAUUGCACAUGUCCAGCUCUGGAUAAACCUGGAAGUCUUGCAUUGAUAUUUGCUACUGGAAAUUCAACAUCACAUGCUGAUAAAUCAGAUCAGCAUCUGCUUGGACACAUCGGGGAUUAUGUUAAUAAACCUCUAGAUGGUAUGAUAUCGAUUUACACUCUUCCAAAUUCUGGAUACUCAUCAGCAGAAAUCAUCGAAGCACGAGAGUCAUGUCCAAAAUCUCUGCAAACAUAAAUUCAAACUUCUGAUAUAUUCUAAAAUACUCUCAAUUAUUACCAAAGACAAUUUUCGAAAUUAUUAUUUACCUUUAUCACCACUGAUAUACGACAUCAUCAUUAUUAUUAUUAUUAUGACAAUUAUUGUCAUUAUUAAUAUUAUUUCAACGAUUUAACAAGUGUUGAUACCCUGAAUAAUAAUAAUCGUACGUUUCCUUUU